AGCAUACAGCCUUGUCCAACUAGUCAGCGUGACAGGCUGUACUUGGACCCCCAAACCGGCUUGCUGUUGAUAACGUCUUGCAUGUUGAUACGCCUCCUGCAGACUUGUCCCCCAGUAGGGUCUGCAGAUUGCAUACAGAUUUCGUUCGGGUCUUAUUCAAAGUGUCCCAAACUUCGUCUUGGAAGACGCCCACAUUGUUAAGCGCAAGCUAGUAACAGCCCGACGACCGUUUGUUAUCUCUUCCAGAAUGGCACCCGAUGGUGCCCUGGAUGUGGAUGUGCAUGGGCCGGACAAGAAGCGUCAAAAGCUGGCAAAAUUGACGGGGUUGGGCUUCGCCAGGGACAUGGCCGAAGUCAUCGUGGAAACGCUUGGGAUGGACCCCAUCGGGCAGUCGGCCGAUGCCGCAAUCGCCAAAACAUGGUCUGAAGAAGGCUUGGUGGACUUGGCGUCAGUGAAGACCGUGGCUGACGAGGUCGAAGUCAACGCACGGCUGGCGGAUGCGGAUUCCGAGGUGGCAAUCAAGUCGCUGAGGGCCCUCGCCCCGAACCUUAAAGCUCUCCAAGCCCUCAAGCUUGCAAAAGCAGCAUGUUUGUAA